UUGGUUGCGUGGACGGAAAGCACGCGCGAUCCUAUUGGCCAACCCCAAACGCCAAGUCGCCGCAUUUUCUUUAUGGAUAUAGGGCAAAGUAAAACGUUUUUAAUGGGAUGGAGAAGUUAGGGGUAUAAGCCAAUUCAAACUUGCCACGUAAUCGAUACCGAAAGCAUCAAAGCAUCGAAGCCUGGAAGUUAUUCCGGUAACCACUCGGAAAAGCAGAGUACAUCCAUAGAAGCGGGCGAACCGACCGCCAAAAACUUAUAAAUUUCACGCCAAAAGACAACUCUUUCGUCCCUGCAGUCUUCAAAGAUAUCUUAAUGAAUUCAUUUGGCACUGCUGAAUCCACUGUUUCCUGUACAUCGGGAAACAAGACCAACUUCUUUUUCUGGAUUUUGGUCUGCUUGCUCCCAACUUUGCUUGGAACUACUGUUUUAUACGUCAACUUCCUCUUGUUUAAGGCCAUUGGCGGGAGUCACUCUUCAUCCAUUACCUUCUCUUCCUUUUUUGGAGAGAGCAACCCGUAAAAGGUCCUUUGCCCCCUUUGGAGACACUUUCUCCUCAUUUGAUAUAAGCAACAACAUGGUUUCCUCUAAUGUUUCUUCUUCCUUCCACAAUCACUUUCUUCUUCCAAUUGGACCACCUGAUGCUCUUCCCUCUGAUUAUGUAGAGUUUGAUUUUUCUGAUACGUUUGGCCCUGCUCCUUGCCAAGCCUCACAACAGGUUACUUCUGAUACCUCUAAAAAUUUGUUUGUUGGGCCAGAUUCUAAUGGAUCACUUUUUAAUGAUCCGGCUGUCAUUUGUAGUCGAUCUCAUUCAUUGGUUGGCCCCUCAAGUUUUGUUGAACAUUCUUUGAAUCUCAGUAAGUGCAUAUUGCAUGAUUCUGAUGGGGAUUCCUUGGAGCUCAUAGAAGCAGUUAUUGACAAAUCAGGAAAAGAACUCGUAAAAUCUUGUAUUGCUGAUAUUCAUUUGGACAAAUACAAUGGCAUUCACGUUGAACAGAAGCCUUUGAAAGAACAACAAGUGGGGCUUGAAGAUUUUGAAGUUCUGAAGGUUGUUGGCCAAGGUGCUUUUGCGAAGGUGUACCAAGUGAGGAGGACUAGUACUUCAGAAAUAUAUGCAAUGAAGGUCAUGAGGAAAGAUAAGAUAAUGGAGAAAAAUCACGCUGAAUAUAUGAAAUCUGAGAGAGACAUAUUAACAAAAGUGGAUCAUCCCUUCAUUGUGCAGCUCAGAUACUCAUUCCAAACCAAAUAUAGGCUUUAUCUUGUGCUUGAUUUUGUUAAUGGGGGCCAUCUGUUCUUUCAGCUCUACCGCCAAGGCUUGUUCAGAGAAGAUUUGGCACGUAUAUAUACAGCUGAGAUUGUUUCUGCUGUGUCUCACCUCCAUGCAAGUGGAAUUAUGCAUAGGGAUCUUAAGCCUGAAAAUGUUCUUCUAGAUGCACAUGGACAUGUGAUGUUGACAGAUUUUGGCCUCGCAAAGCAGUUUGAUGAAAAUACAAGGUCAAACUCCAUGUGUGGAACUUUAGAAUAUAUGUCGCCUGAAAUUAUUCUUGGCAAAGGCCAUGACAAGGCUGCAGAUUGGUGGAGCGUUGGAAUCCUGCUUUACGAAAUGCUUACUGGAAGGCCUCCUUUUACCGGUGGAAAUAGACAAAAAAUUCAACUGAAGAUUAUAAAGGAUAAAAUUAAGCUGCCAGCUUUUUUGUCAAGUGAAGCGCAUUCACUCUUGAAAGGGCUGCUACAGAAAGAUGCAACAAAGCGCCUUGGCAGCGGACCAGGUGGAAGCGAGGAGAUAAAAUCCCACAAGUGGUUCAAGUCAAUCCAUUGGAAGAAAUUGGAGGCACGGGAAAUUAAGCCAAGCUUUCUUCCAGAGGUUGCUGGCAAGCAUUGCGUUGCCAACUUUGACGAGUGCUGGACCAAUAUGUCAGUCCUGGAUUCUCCAGCUGCUAGUCCAAAGUCCAAUGACAAUCCAUUUAAGGGGUUCACAUAUGUGAGACCCUCCUCUUUUCUUGGGAUGAAGCCAUGAGGUGCUUCUCAGCCUUAGAAUUAGGGCUUGAAUAAUUGCCUUUAAAAGCUACUGCCAUGUUACUGCAGAUGGUUGCAUUGGCAGGACUGUGCAUUAGCUUUGUUUUUAUUUGGUAAGAUAGCUACAGGAUAUAUUAGAUUCUGUAAUGAAUAAUUUUUCCCUUGUAACCAAUUUUUUAAAAGAAAAAUAAAGUGAAAAAAGCAAAGCCAAUGAAGAUCUGCAUCGA